AUCUGACUGCCCCGCCGCGCCACUGCACGUCUGCUGCGGCCCACCAGAUGAACGUGCAAGAGUAGCGGGACUGCAUAAAUGUCACUCUCGCGAGUAGUCUCAGCUAUACUGUUCUCGCUCAUUACUUUCUCUUCCCAACCUCCGCAAACCUUAGAAAAACCUCUGCUUCUCCAUAAUUCCAGUUGCAAUCUUCAUCCUUCCGUUGGAUUUCAGGCCUCGAAUUCUACGGAUUUCAUGUUCGAAAUCCCCUGGAAAGAUCGAUUUCAACGGAAUCCUUCUUCCUCUUCUUCUUCUUCUUCUUCAAAAAAGGAAACUUAGAGAAUCACGGAUUCUAUACCUUCUUUUUUCAAAUAUCAGGGUUUCUGCAGUCCGAUUUCGAUCUCCGGUGAGGAAUCCGGAUUCCAUUAGAUCUGAUCGGUCUUCGGAAAUCCAAAGGUUUUCCGAUUUUCUAAAAUCGUUUUCAGCAGAGUCUUCAUUUCCGUUUCUCUUGGGAGUUUAGAAAUUUCGGUUCGAUAGAUUCGUUAUUGUUGUGGGAACUGUGGAAGAUUUUGGAGUAGAAUUUGAUGAUUAGGUUUAGUCUUUCUAUUGACAUCUUAUCAAGAUUUCUAUAGAAUAUAAUUUCUUUGUACCUUUUUUUUUUCCCCAAGAAAGGGAUACAAGAUACAUGAUUGGCCUGUGAUGGAGAAUGACGGCAAUGCUGGCGAUGACGAUCAGGGCUCGGGCUGGUUCGAAGUGAAAAAGAGACAUCGAACAAGCUCAAAGUUCUCUAUACAAAAUGUUACUGGGGUUUUUUCUAACAAAGCUGAAUCCAGUUUUCCAUGCAAUCAGGCAUCUGGAGUUGAAAAAGUUGUUAAGUCCAACAGCAGGUGGCCACCCUUGCCCCCUAAAGGAGGAAGGGAAUUUUCCAAUAAUGUGAAGGUGGAUGUUGAAAGUACUAGCUCAUCAGCAAAAACAGUUCAGGGCAUGCAUUGCCUUGAGAAGCUGGUUGAUAAACAAGAAACUGAAAAGCCCAAGCCACCUUUUUGCGGAUCUGCAAAUAUUCCAGGUGCAGAAGGUGGAACUAGGACAGUUGAGGUGGUCCCCAAAAUGGAUAACCUGGUUAAGGUUCCUAAAAUCAAGUGGGGUGAUUUUGAGGAUGAUGUGUUGGUUCCACAUGGAUGUCAUGAAAAAUUAGAUGGAGUCUCUGAAGUGAAGUCUAAUGAUAUUGGGAGUGAUCACUUGGCUGAUGGAAAUUUGAAAAAUGCUGAUGAUUUGGUAUCACAUGUUCCUCCUAGCGAACAUCAAGAAGAAAAAGAGUGUCUAGUGUCUGAAGAUGUGGUUCCAUUUUCUUCAUCAGUGCAGGAGUCUGUUGAGGGGAACUGGCAAGUGGUCAAUGAGAUCUCUUCUGAAGACUUGGGGCUGCCAGAAGAAGACGGGAAAACAGAUACUCUGAAUGAUGCUGUUAGGAAGCUUGGGAUGACCCACCAUGAGCCAAGAUGCAUUGAAGCAAGGGAUGCUCCAAGUUCUGGUAUUCCAGCUAUUGAAAUUUCUCCACCACCAGCAAUUGAAGGCGAUGGAAUCAUGACAGAUGGUCAGGGGCUUUCUGACAAAUCUGAGGAUGGUGCUUUGGACAUUUCUGAAGUACCAGUCAUUGGGCAGGUUUCAACAAUGGGCCGAGUUCUCCAAGAUUUCGUUUCGCUUUCAUACCAGGAAAGUGAUCCUGUAGCUUCAUGUAAUGCUUCGGUAACAUCUACUGUAGGAGAUUGGAGGGUGUUGCAGGAUGGUAUAGUAGAAGGUGAACUGGGGGAAAGCAAAGAAAGGUUUAGGCAACGAUUGUGGUGCUUUCUCUUUGAAAAUCUUAACAGAGCAGUUGAUGAACUUUAUCUUCUAUGUGAAUUGGAAUGCGAUGUGGAGCAGAUGAAGGAGGCUAUUCUUGUUCUUGAAGAAGCUGCUUCUGAUUUCAAAGAACUAAAAUCUAGAGUUGAAGGAUUUGAGUUUGUGAAAAGAUCCCCCUCUCAACCAUCAAAAGAUGGGAUUUCGGCGAAUGUGAAGAAUGACCAUCGCAGGCCACAUGCCCUCUCUUGGGAGGUUCGGAGAAUGGCAUCCUCACCUCACAGAGCAGAAAUACUGUCCUCAUCACUGGAGGCCUUCAAAAAAAUUCAGCAGGAAAGGGCUAGCAAACAUGCAGCUCACGAAGCACAAGGCCUCGGGCAUGUUUUGACUGAUCUUCCAGGGAAAGCACCUGUAAGGAGUGAUGUAACACCAAAUGCAAGAGAAACAGGGAGUAAGACAAGAAAGCAGAAUGUAAUUUCAGAUCUUGGUACAGGAAACACCAAUGUAGAGAAGCGGAAUGUUGAAACAAGCAGGCUGAGCAAAGCAGUAGUAAACAGCCGACUGCCACCGCAAAGUUCGUCUGUUUCUGAUUGCAACAUUUCUCAGGUAUCUUCAAAGAACAGCCCUGCUACGGCUGCUGGAAAGGGGAAGAAGGAACCACUUGGAUCGAUUCCUGAAAUGGAGAGACAAAUGGCUAAGAAGGAUAAGGUGCUAACAGAGAGUAAGGCUGAGAAAUGUCCUAAGUCUUUGGAUCCGCUCAAAAGGCACAGUUCUCUUGUUGAGAAAGAGAAGGAAAGGGAAAAGAGGAGCACAACAUUUAAAUCUAUGGAUGCAUGGAAGGAAAAGAGGAAUUGGGAGGAUAUACUUGCUGCUCCAUUGCGGAACUCUUCUCGGGUUUCACAUUCACCUGGUAUGAGCAGAAAGAGCAUGGAGCGUGCACGGGUAUUGCAUGAUAAACUAAUGUCUCCAGAGAAGAAGAAGAAGACAGCUUUGGAUAUGAAAAGAGAAGCGGAAGAAAAGCAUGCACGAGCAAUGAGGAUUAGAAGUGAGCUAGAGAAUGAGCGAGUGCAGAGGUUACAACGUACAUCAGAGAAAUUAAACCGUGUUAAUGAAUGGCAGGCUGUUCGCAGCUUGAAGUUGCGAGAAGGAAUGUUUGCUCGCCACCAACGCAGUGAAUCCCGCCACGAGGCAUAUCUGGCCCAAGUUGUGAGAAGAGCUGGUGAUGAAAGCAGUAAGGUUAAUGAGGUCCGUUUCAUUACUUCAUUAAAUGAAGAGAAUAAAAAGCUAAUGCUUCGUCAGAAACUUCAAGAUUCAGAAUUGAGGAGAGCUGAAAAGCUACAGGUAAUCAGAACUAAGCAAAAAGAGGAUAUGGCAAGAGAAGAAGCUGUUUUGGAACGCAGGAAGCUCCUUGAAGCUGAAAAAUUGCAGCGUCUUGCUGAGACGCAACGUAAGAAAGAAGAGGCUCAGGUAAGAAGAGAAGAGGAACGUAAGGCUUCAAGUGCAGCACGUGAGGCGAAGGCUGUUGAACAAUUGCGGAGAAAGGAAGUUAGAGCCAAAGCUCAACAAGAGGAAGCGGAGCUGUUAGCCCAAAAAUUAGCCGAGAGACUUAGUGAAAGUGAACAGCGUCGGAAGUUUUACUUGGAGCAAAUACGUGAGAAAGCUUCAAUGGAUUUUAGAGACCAAUCUUCACCUUUAGUUCGACGCUUUUCAAACAAGGAGGGCCAAGGAAGAUCUGUCUCAACUAAUAGUGUGGAAGAUUACCAAGCAAGCCUCUCGGGUUUAGGAGGUUCCACUCUGGGGAUUGCUAAUGCAGCACUGCAGCAUUCAUUGAAGCGCAGGAUUAAAAAAAUACGACAAAGGCUUAUGGCCCUGAAAUAUGAAUUCACUGAGCCUCCAGUUGGUGCUGAAAAUGUGGGGAUUGGGUAUAGAGCCCAAGUGGGAACUGCAAGGGCAAAAAUUGGAAGAUGGCUUCAGGAUCUUCAAAGACUACGUCAGGCCAGGAAAGAAGGGGCUGCAAGUAUAGGAUUAAUUGUUGGAGAUAUGAUUAAGUUUUUGGAAGGCAAGGACUCUGAACUGCAUGCAUCUCGCCAAGCCGGUUUGCUUGAUUUCAUUGCUUCUGCACUGCCAGCCUCUCACACCUCAAAGCCUGAAGCCUGCCAGGUGACAAUAUACCUCCUACGACUUCUUAGAGUGGUGCUGUCUGUGCCUGCAAAUCGGAGUUAUUUUCUUGCACAGAAUCUCUUGCCUCCAAUUAUUCCCAUGCUGUCUGCAGCUCUUGAGAACUAUAUAAAGAUUGCAGCAACGUUGAAUGUCCCCGGAAGCAGUAACUCGGUAUCAAUCAAAACGUCAGUCGAGAAUUUGGAGUCGGUCGCCGAAGUGCUCGAUGGCUUCUUAUGGACAGUUACAACAAUUAUUGGUCAUAUCUGUUCAGAUGAACGCCAACUUCAAAUGCGGGAUGGUUUGAUGGAACUAGUAAUUGCUUAUCAAGUUAUUCAUCGCCUCCGUGACCUUUUUGCCCUCUAUGAUAGGCCCCAGGUGGAAGGAUCCCCAUUUCCUUCAUCUAUUCUUCUAAGUUUAAACAUGUUGGCAGUUUUAACUUCUAGAUCUGGAAGUAUUUCUUCCAUUGAUUGGGAACUUUACCUAAGUAAGACGACAUCAGAACAUAAAAUCCAAGAAGCUAAACUUGCAGAAUGUGCAGAGUCUGACGAUGUUGGGGAUUCCUUAGUUGUCAAUGCCACUUUUGGAAAUCAUAAAUUGCCAUCGUCUCUACAUGUAAUGGCAGGCUUGCCAAUAAAUGGGGGAGAGAAAUCAUCAAGUAAUGGCAAGCCCUUGUCUGAUGUACCGGAGGAUAGGCCGUUACAUGAACCAUACAGAACGAGUAUCCAUGGAGAACCAUUAUCUGGUGCUAAGGAUCCUGGAAAGGAGCUUACUGAUAUUUCAGUUGAGCUGGACAAUUUUGGAGCAGGAUCACAGGAGUGCACAAAAGGUAUUUCAGGUGAAUCUCGCAGAAGGCCGAUGGAAGAGCAUGCCAAGCCCUCUUUAUCUCAGAAGGAUGAGAAGAUUACCACAGUUAACAUUGCAGAACAAAAUAAUCAUUUGUCACAAAAUGAUGAUCCCGCAGCAGCUGUGAAGAAUGGAAAUGGUCAAGGAGUCAGCUUGAAGCAGUCUAUAGCAUUUCUUGUUUCCGCCAUAGCCGAAACAGGCCUUGUCAGUCUUCCGUCGCUCUUAACUGCAGUGUUGCUGCAGGCGAACAACAGAUUGUCAUCUGAGCAGGGCUCCUAUGUUCUUCCAUCAAAUUUUGAGGAAGUGGCGACUGGUGUCUUAAAGGUGUUGAAUAAUUUGGCUAUGUUGGACAUAACUCUUCUCCAGAGUAUGCUAGCUAGACCUGAUCUACAAAUGGAGUUUUUUCAUCUUAUGAGCUUCCUUCUUUCUCAUUGCACAAGCAAGUGGAAAGUGGCCACUGAUCAGGUUGGCUUGCUUUUGCUUGAAUCACUAUUGCUUCUUGGCUACUUUGCUUUGUUCCACCCUGGAAAUCAAGAAGUCCUUCGAUGGGGCAAGAGCCCAACAAUCCUUCACAAGGUCUGCGAUCUGCCGUUUGUGUUCUUCAGUGAUCCUGAGUUGACACCCAUUUUGGCUGGCACACUUGUCGCUGCCUGCUAUGGGUGUGAGCAGAACCGAGGCGUAGUGCAGCAGGAACUCAGCAUGGAAAUGUUGCUUUCUUUGCUCAAAUCCUGCAGACAAGGAUUGCUCACUGUCCAAUCUGAAUCCUCUCUGCCCGAUGGUGCAACGAUUGAUGAUCCAUCUGAUGGUAAUCAAUCAGUUCCAGAACCCAGAAAACUUCAAGGUGACUUUAGUAUAAGAUCUAGCCGUGGUAAUCUGAGAAGUGCUCGAGUUUUCUCUGGCAAGGGUAGUGCUUCAGUCAGCAACGUAAGGGUUGGCAAGGUGAGACAUCAAAGGGAUGGGAAAGGAACAAAAACUUGCGAUGAUUGGGCUUUCAAGCACAACCUUCCAGCUUCAGAAGUUUCAUCAUCUUUCAUGCUGCAUAGUAGAUUUCCUACCAGCUUUAUUGAUAGAGCCGAAGAAUUUUUUUCAGCUGGGGCACAAGUGUGUUACUGAUUCUGAAUUGACUUAGAAAUCCAAUGGCUGUGACAAGAGUAUACUCGUUUUGAAUAUAUUAGUAUUCUAAAUUAUUUUUGGAGAGAUUUACAAUCUAGGAUCACACUCAAGUUUCCAAUCCAGAUUAGAAAUGUAAUGGGUUGUUGCUGAAUGUAAUUUAUUUUCAGAUGCCAGCAAUUUACUUGGGGCUAUUGGAUAAAUUGAUCUGGUUUGUCACAGCAAGUAGUAGAUGAAAAGUCUUGCUUACACCUUGCAUUUUCUGCUGGAAAGAAAACUCCACAAAUGGAAACAAUUAAUCGUUAAUUUUUCAUACAAAGGUUGAGAUUGCAUCCUGCAGAAGCUAUUGGAUUAUGAAUCUUUGUUCUCUCAAGUAGGUGGCUACUAAAAAAUUUUUGGCAUUGGAAAGAAAGUUUAUGGCACUUGAAUUGAAGUUCCUAUGGCUUCCUAAGACUAUUUUGGUUGGAUUACAACAAAAUCGGAACUUCUAAUAUUCGAGAUGUUUUGUGGAGGUUGGGGAAGGGCUGCUUAAUUUAGUGAGUUGGACACCGCGGUGUGAUACUGACUUUGAAACUACUUGUUGAAGCUUAGCGAAAUGAGCCAGCAUCUACUCUUACAAAAUGCAACUGUGGAUAUCUUUCUAAUAGUGCUUUCUUUUCAGAUGUUGCAUACAUGACAGUAGAUGGUUGUUAGUGGUGGUUUCUUUGGCGCUGAUGUAUUUUUUGCAAAAAUGUGACUGACUUCCAGGUGAGGUUGAAUCUACCAACCCCUUGAAGGUGCGACUCUCAAGUCUCGUCUUGAUUGGUUUCAGUUUGCCUCUUGUUGCAGGCAUGCAUGUAUGGACACAAUCAGGAACAGGUUUUGAAGUAACGUUCUGCUCCACACACAUCAUCCUUGCCUAUGAGGACUACCAAACCAAACCAACCAAUUGUAGUUUAUGACAAUGACUUGUUUUUCUUCCUCUUCUUUUUUUUUUUUUUUUUCCUUUUUUAUCUUGGGAAAAUUUUGUUUGCCAGGCAUGUCCAUCACAAUUGCAUGGGUAUUGAGCACAAGUCGAAUGCAGUGGCAUGGGUAUUAAGAAAUAGACCUCCAUAAUCUUUUAUCUUGUUUUUAAAAAUAUAUUUAGCUACUGUUGAAAAAGAGACUUCCAUAAUCUGUUUAAUUUAUAUUAUUUUCAUGCACUGUUAUUCGUCCA